AACACUUUGUUGAGUUGAGACAUUUUAGCGAUAGAUCUUUUUAUUCCCCCAAAAAGAGAGGAUGCACAACUGGCAGGAGAACGAGAUCAAAGAACUUCUGACCAUCCGGGGGUCUGAGGCGAUCCGAAACCAGAUCACAGGGACGGCCAAGGACUCUGUAGUUUACAACAGGAUGACCAGACUGCUGGCGGAGAGAGGGGUGUACAGGUCCCACAUGCAGAUUGUAAGCAAACUGAAGGCGCUGAGGAAGCAAUACACAAAAUACCACCAGCUGAUGAUCCGCUGCGGGACAGACCGGGUCGACUGGCCGUUUUACGAGCAGUGUCACCAGGUCUUCUCCAUCGCCCCCUCUGCAAACCCGGUGAAGCGGCGGCGGCGGAGUCCCACAUCAUCUACACCCACAUCUCCAACUCCUGCCAACAGAGAGGAGCAUCAGGAGGUCGUAGUCAGCCUCUGGGACGAAGUGGACGAAGCAGACAUCCAGAAACAGCUGGGGCCAGUGGAGGCGGAGGAGGACGAGGAGCAGUACAGCUCAUCAGAACAUUUACAGCCCAUCAUGUGCACCGUUCCAUCGAGGAAGAGGAAAACAACAGUGAUGGAGCAGGUCUCUACGUUGGUUUCGGCGACGGUCACCCAGCUCAAAGAGAUGGACGCCGCCAUGCAAGCUCAGGAGGACGCACGGCUGCAGAGGUUAAUGGACCACGAGAAGGAAAUGCAGAACAGUCUAAUGAGUCAGCUUGUAAACAUGCACGAAAGGAUCAGUCGAGAAAACCACGAGAGACACCUGGAGCUGGUGGACAGGAUACUCUCUAGGUUCCCCUCACCUUCAGCACCUUCAGCACCUUCGGACCACUGACCGACUCUUUCUGUGUGAGUGAAGGCAGCCUAUGACAGGAUUAUUCAGGUUUAGGGAACACUUCUGUCUCUCUCCUCCUCCAGCUGAACAGUGCCUAAACCCACAUUCCUCAUUUACUUGAUAAAAUCUUUGGUUUUUUUUUUUUACUACCCGGGGAGCUGUCGCUGGACCUCCUUGGGGGUUAUUGCAGAAGCCGUGAUGAGCAGGAACAUUACACACGUACUGUAUCUACUUCGUGCAGCAGCCAAGAAAACAAUAACACUGAACUGGCUUUAAAAAGAAAAAGAAACAAGCGAUGACACAUGACAGUCAGUAGUUAAUGAAAAUUCCACCAUGGAAAAAAAAAAAGACUUUCCUGCUGAGACUGAGAAAUGCACACUUCACAGACCAAUGAUCACCUUGAUGUGUUC